AUGACUACAUCGAUUAUUGCGACUUGCAAGCAAACUCGGUUUCAUCUACUGGAUGAUAGGCCAUCGCAGGAGAUCGAUGUCGAAGGACUCACCAUCGCAGUUUCGUCUGCCCGAGAUACGACCGACGAUCCCGCGAAGUCCAGGGUCAAAGGAAAAGCGAAAUCGAAAUCCGAAGCCAGGGAGCUCAUUGCGGACGGACAUCUACGCCUCAAGGCAGGUGUGCACUAUGGGUUGAUAGGCCGGAACGGAACCGGGAAAUCAACAUUGCUUCGAGCGAUGGCUGAUAAGCUUGUUCCGGGCAUUCCGCAUCCCACUCGCAUAGCAAUACUGCAACAGACUGAUUCCACGGUCCAAGGAAGCCUUCAGAGCGGGGAGGAGGAGAAUAGAGAUAAGACCGUGCUGGAGUAUGUCAUGAGCAGUGAUCAACAUAAAAAUGAACUCGUCCGAAAUAUCGAUUUGCUUUCCAAAAGCUUCGAGACAGACGAUCCCUUACAGCCAGUUCAUGCUAUUCGCAGAGUUCAGCAUGACACGACUGAGAAGAGACUGUUUCUAGCCCAGAAGAAUGCGAGUUUGAAGAGUGGAGCUAGGGGCCUACAGGCGCGAAAAGAUUUGAAAUUAAUGGAAUCAAAGCACGAAGAAUCGAUCAAGUUAGUACAAGAGGAAAAAGAAUCUAUUGAGGCCGAAGCAAUAAAGAAAGAUACACAGGCAGCGGUCGAGACCCUGCAAGAUUUGCAGUCCCAAUUUGAGGCUAUGAACUUGGUAGAUGCGGAGCAACACGCUCGCCAGAUAUUGAUAGGUCUAGGCUUUCAAGAAUCUGCAUUGACCAAGCCAUUCCUGACUCUAUCCGGUGGUUGGCGUAUGCGCUGCAUGCUGGCGAGCGUCUUAACCCAGAACCCAGAUAUCAUGAUCUUGGAUGAGCCGACAAAUUUCCUAGAUUUGUUGGGGGUAGUAUGGUUGGAAAAUUAUCUCCGACAGAUGCGUGAAAGCUCCCCAACCACCAUGGUUCUCGUUUCUCAUGACAGGGACUUUGUGAAUGCCGUUUGCGAAGAAAUUGUCAUGAUAAGGGAUCAAAAACUGUCUUAUUUCAAAGGUAAUCUCACAGCGUACGAGAAAGACUUUGAGGAGCAGAAAUUGUACUGGGGUCGCAUGAAGGAAGCGCAAGAGCGUCAAAUUGCUCACAUGGAAGCUACUAUCCGCGAAACUAUGAAGGUCGGAAAGAAGACCAACGAUGAUAACAAGCUGCGCAUGGCUAAGUCGCGGCAAAAGAAAGUCGAUGACCGCAUGGGCUUGCAAGUCAACGCAAACGGCGGUCGGUUCAAACUGAAUCGUGAUCUUGUCGGUUACCAUUUGUCUUCUCGGGCCGAGAUUGAAGUCCCCCAAGAUGAAAAGGGUGCUUCGAUGACAAUACCUGAUGCUAGCGAGUUGCGAUUCCCAGGACCUCUGAUUUCCUCGGAAGGAGUUAUGUUUCGGUAUAAACUAAAUGAAUCUCCUGUGUUGAAUGGGAUCGACCUUGUGAUACAUAUGGGUGAUCGGAUUGGCAUCAUGGGUCUGAAUGGAUGUGGCAAGUCAACACUGGUUCGCCUGCUGACGGGAAACAUGGUCCCAAGUCAAGGGAAGAUCUCGAACCAUUCGCGGCUGAAACUUGGCUACUACGCACAGCAUUCGAUAGAAGAUCUCCAAGAGGAGGGCCAAGCAAAUCCUACCGCAACGGCCUUGAGCGUGAUACUGAAAGAAGCUGACGGUCAAUUGAAUGAAGGCGAAGCCAGAGGUUUGCUGGCAACCCUUGGACUCCAGGGGAGAAUAGUUUCGGACGUGCCGAUAUCCCGGUUAUCGGGAGGACAGCUUGUACGCUUGUCGUUGGCGAGGGUGAUCUGGAACUCACCACAUCUACUCAUCCUGGACGAAAUAACCACCCAUCUAGAUUUUUACACCGUUACAGCUCUUGCAUCUGCACUGUCAACUUUCAGCGGUGCUAUCCUUCUGAUUUCCCACGACCGAUUUCUGGUGCGCUCCGUGAUAGAGGGAAAGCGAGACACAGAGCAUACGUUGGAUGACGCUUUUGAAGGCGUAGAGGGACAGACUGAAGAGGAGCACAGCAGACGACGAGUGGUAUAUGCUCUGAGGGCAGGAAAACUCCAGGAGCAGCCGAGAGGAGUCGAGCAGUUUGAACAAAGCCUUGUAAAGAGAGUUCAGAAGAUGAUGCCCACAUAA